AUGUCCAGGAACGGCAAGGUGUGUGUCGUCAAAUUAGCGACGGGCGGCAAGGAAGAUCAGCUCAAAAGCGAAAUACACAUCCUCCAGCAAAUAUCCGAGGCUUGGGAGCCAGAUCACCCCUGUCGCCCCUAUGUCCCACGGGGUUUCGGUCUUGUGACCUCGGGAGGUCAAGUCGUAGGGAUGCUUGAAGAACUUGUUGAUGGCACGAGUCUGCACGAAGUCGACAUGGACCAUGCUUCCUCCGCCCAACGCCGCGAGUGGAAGCGGCAGAUCGAGCAUUCUAUCGCGCAGCUGCAUGAAGGAGGCAUUGUCUGGGGAGACGCGAGACCGGAAAAUGUUCUGAUCGAUAAAGCCGCCAACGCGUGGCUUCUCGAUUUCGGCGGCAGCUCGACUUGCGGUUGGAUUGACCAGGAUCUAGAGGAGACUAUUCAAGGCGACUUGCAGGGCUUGCGUCGGCUAGCAGAGUACCUGGGCGUCCGAGAUUGA